AAAGGAAAAGAGGGAGUACUUAAAGAGCAGACCUGACAAAGAGUCUCCCAGAGCCACGAUGAGGACGUGUGCGCUCGUGUGCGUCCUGGCCCUCUUCGCGCCUUCGUGGACGCGCGCGGCCCCCAGCGUGCGCGCGGCCAGCUCUUUCAAAGCGACGCCGGUCCAUGCGGACAAGUUCCUGGACUCCAAGAAGAGAUCCAAACUCCCUCACGUCCACGACAAGAUGCCGAAGGACGCGUCCAACCACACCUCCAACCCGUGGAGGCGUCCCCGCUGCGGCGUUCCGGACUAUCCCAACCAGAGGGAGCUGCUGUAUCCGGGACGGCACCGCCACAGACGCUUCGUCCUCUACGGGGGAAGGCUGGACAAGACGGACCUCACCUACAGGAUCGUGCGUUUCCCGUGGCAGAUGGGCGAGGAGAAGGUGCGGAGGGUGUUUCGGGAAGCCCUGAAGAUCUGGAGCGACGUGACGCCGCUCACCUUCACCGAGGUCCGCAGCGGCAAGGCCGACAUCCGCAUCGACUUCACCAGGUACUGGCACGGCGACAGCCUCCCCUUCGAUGGCCCGGGUGGGAUCCUCGCCCACGCCUUCUUCCCCAAGACUCACCGCCAAGGCGACAUGCACUUCGACUACGACGAGUCGUGGACGCUCGGCAACCAUAUGGGCACGGACCUCCUCCAGGUGGCGGCUCACGAGUUCGGACACGUGCUGGGCCUCCUGCACUCUGACGAGCCGGGCGCCAUCAUGUCCGCCUACUACUCCUUCUCCUACCCGCUCAAGCUGAGCGACGACGACAAGCGAGGCAUCCAGUAUCUCUACGGCGCCCGUCCUGGGGUCCGGCCUCCGCCGACGCCGCCCCCGCCCCCUCCGCCGUCGGACCCUGAGACCAACGAGAUCGUCCCUCACCCCGACGUCUGCCAGACUGACUUCGACGCGGCGUCCGUGAUCCGCGGCGAGCUCUUCUUCUUCAAGUCGGGCUACGUGUGGCGGAUCCGGGACGGACACCUGGAGAAGGGUUACCCCGCCCUGGCGUCCCGCCACUGGAGGGGGAUCCCGGACAACAUCGACGCCGCCUUCGAAGACAAGGCGGGGAACAUUUGGUUCUUCCGAGGUGAGAGCUACUGGGUGUUUGACGCUGAGAUGCGGGUGCGCGGGCCCGAGCCCGUACGGGCUCUGGGCCUGUCGGUGCCGGGCGUCCAGGCAGCGCUGCGUUGGGGUCACGACCCCGACUACAACACCUACCUCUUCCACUCGGGAAGCUACUGGCGCUUCAGCCCCCGCCACAGCCGCCCGGACUCGCCGUACCCCCGCAGCAUGGCCGACUGGGGCGGCAUCCCCGCGGACGUGGACGCCACCUUCAGGGACGCCUACGGCUACGCCCACUUCAUCCGAGGACGCCAGUACUGGAAGUUCGACCCGGUGGGCAUGAACUCCCUGGAAGGCUACCCCCGCUACGUGGGCGUGGACUUUUUUGGCUGCGGAAGCAUGUGAAGGGAACGUGGGACCGCCCCCUCCUCUUCCUCCUCCUCCUCCUCCUCCUCGGGACUCGUCCGUCCUUCCUCAGGCGCUCGGCCGAGCCGGGCGGGCACGGGACUUGGCUCCGAGCGUAAAUGCUGUGAAGACAGGGUCGGUGUGAUGCCUUCAGGGACUCCCUCCGACUCGACAGUGCGGGUCGCUGACGAGUCGCUCCGUUUGUCAUCACGCCACAUUUUCAUGUCCUUACUUAACCACUUCCACAAUAAUAAUAAUAAUGAUGAUAUUUAUACGCUUGUACAUAAAGUACCUGAUUGUUUUUUUUUUUACUCCAAUGUAAGCACUCACAUAAAAACUCCUCAAUAAACUUGGAGCAAUG